AUUUUUUGCUAUUAUUAUUCUCACUCGACCUCUCUGUUUUCAAAAGCUUUUAACUUCUUAUGGAUAUCUGCCAGAAUAUCCCCGUUUCCGGUGGACUUCCGACCAACUAUCCGCCUGAGCAACACCUUAUUUGCAGCCUUGACGAUCUUCUUUCCGGUCAUUCCAUGGAAGAAGAUGAUGUUAACAUGGAAUGGCUGUCAAUUUUUGUGGAGGAUUGUUUAUCUAGCAGUGGGAGUUGUAUGCCACCAGCAGCAAAACCCCAAAGUACAACUUCCACUGCAGAAGGUACAAACACAUCAGCAGAACCUCAACCUAAGGUGAACGAAACUUAUUCCAUUUCCACGCAUAAAAUACUUGUACCUUGCAAGGCAAGAAGCAAGAGGAAGAGAAGCCAAACAUGCUGGUCUCAGCAGUACCUUAACUCCCUUCAACCGCCUUGUUGGUUAGCUGAGAGUGAGCUGAUGAUUUUCCCUAAGAAAUGUACAAGUCCUAACAGCAGAGGUUCCGGGCAGGAGGAAGGGAGCAGCGGGCAGGGGCAAGGAAGGAAAUGCACACAUUGUCUCUCACAAAGAACCCCGCAAUGGAGGGCAGGACCACUUGGACCAAAAACACUGUGUAAUGCAUGUGGGGUGAGGUACAAGUCGGGCAGGCUGCUGCCCGAAUAUAGGCCAGCCAAGAGUCCUACUUUUGUGAGCGAUAAACAUUCUAAUUCUCAUAGGAAAGUGUUGGAGAUGAGAAUGUCUUUUUUGCCCUCCCCCUCUACCAAUUCAUCUUCUUCUUCCUAGUGAGAGUGAGGGCUUAGUUGUAAUUUUCCAUCUUAACCCAUCAUGUAGAAAUCAAUGAAGAUGGAUAGUUUUGCUAAAA